ACGCUAAAAAGUCAAGGAUGCAGUGAGAUGCGCAACUUUUUUGUGAAUGAAAGGGGAGAAGGGGGUCUGCGCCCGGGCGCCAAUCUCGCCUGUUGGGGCCGCAGUGUCACCGGACCGCUCUGGACCAUGACAUUGGACAGCAUGGACGAGGUGGACAUUGACGUGGAGGGACAAACAGACUGUGAUGAAGAUGUGAAGACGACAGAUUUCUCAGUGUUUAAGGAUACUGCUGACACUCCUGAACACCGGGUUGAGGGAGGCUUCACGGUCCGGUUACAGGAUGGUCCGGGCGAGAGAGCCGCCUCGGUGAAGCCCCCGUACUCUUACAUCGCUCUCAUCACCAUGGCAAUCCUCCAAAGCCCCAAAAAGAGACUCACCCUCAGUGAAAUAUGUGAUUUUAUCAGUCAGCGCUUUGCGUAUUAUCGGGAGAAAUUCCCUGCGUGGCAAAACUCAAUCCGUCACAACUUGUCUUUAAACGACUGCUUUGUCAAAAUGCCCCGCGAACCUGGGAAUCCUGGAAAGGGGAAUUACUGGACCCUGGAUCCCAUGUCGGCCGAUAUGUUUGAAAACGGAAGUUUUCUCCGGCGGAGGAAACGCUUCAAGAGGCAGCAUUUCUUUUUGGGAGCGCUGAAGGACUCCAGGGCGCAGGAGCGCAGCCGGAUGCCCGUGUUUCCUCUGCUCGGAGCGCACAGGUUGGGUUCUUGUCUCCAGGGUCCUGAUUUAUAUCACGACCUGGGCAUAAGAAGUCGUUUAAGCUCCCACACUAGCUGCAGUAUUCCACCUGUGAGCAGCAUCAUACCUGCGCUGUCCUCGCUCCUCUCCAAGAGUUUCCCCUCAUGUCUAACCUUUGAACAUUUGGAGCCGGGACGCUGCGCUGCGGUCCCGUCUUUUGCUCCAAACUCCUCGUUCAUGCCUCACGUCUCGCUGCACGGAAUGAUACCCGAAUACCCGGUUUCUCACUUGUCUAGUUUCCCCACUGGGAUCAUAAAAGUGUCGUCUAAUUCAGUUUAAUGCAACGGUGCCCGGAAAACUGCAACGUCUUCCUCUCACCUGAGAAUAAACCCAUGGUACAUUAUGUAAAUAAAAAAUUACUACCGUUUAUAAUGAAGUCAAAGCUUGUGAACAUUCAGCAAUUUGUUUUCUUGAGGCAAAUGUUCUUGAAUAUCUGAUAUUUUACAGUUUUUAAUAUGUUUGUAAUAAAACGUGAUUGAAUUUACA